AUGACUGCUCGGGCUCUAAACUGGCCGCGGUCCUCGCUGGCAAAGCACAAUGUCCCCCGCUCCAAUGAAUCGGCCAUAAUAUCUCCCAUACAGUCUUUUGGUGCGCGUGCCAGCCAAAUAGCAGCUUUUUCAAGUACUGCCCGUACAGAUGAAAAGCUUGGACGUCGCGCGAAAGAGAAGCUGCUCGACCGGGAAUUUUUCCUUAGCCUUCUGAGCUCAGCUUCGACCAAACGAGAAGCCAAACAAUACCUAUCUCGAUUCAAAAAUGCUCCUCCCAAGUCCACCCAGAAGCUCGCCGAAGAAUCCAAUGAACUCAAAGAACCAGAACCAGCGUCCUUGCCCUCCGGUGUGAACUUAGGCUCCUUCUAUGGCGCCACCCGUGCAGUAUACGAUAGUCCUGUGUUUCGUCAAAACACAACGCCCGCUCCUGAAAGGCAGGUCAUACCGGAGCGACUACACUUGGCUCUGAUCAAAAUCACCUCGCCGCAGUCACUCGAUGACUCAGUCAUCAAUGGGGUGGCUAGAACACUCUCGCAGCUGGUCCGAUUAGGCAUGGCCUGCUGUGUGGUAGUUGACCCAGGGCACAUGGAUAAUGCCACAGUACGACAGACUGCUAUUGCGCAGGCCGAUCGGAUCUCUGCAGCGGUUGAUGGACAGCCCGACUCGAAGGCUUUUCGUUUGGACUCAGCACUCUCAAUUUCAGAGAGGCGGUCAGGCCAGCCAACUGUGAUGUCUCGGACGGGGCUCCUUUCGCCUCUUCGAGAUGGUCAUGUUGUGAUUGUCACUCCUGUUGCAUAUGUCGAGGAAAACCCUAGGGCUGUCCCUGUAUCCGCGGAUGAUGCAGUCGUUGCAUUGACAAAGGAAUUUGCUGGGUUGGCCACUAUCCCGGACCCGGAUGAAGAUCCUAAAAUCACUGCUGAACGAAUCAUCUCAUUGCAGAGAGAGGUCUCGCUGGACCGUGUGAUUCUGUUACAUCCCCUCGGAGGAAUCCCUGCCUUCCGAGGUCCUCAGGCCUCCCAUGUUUUCAUCAACAUAGAGCAAGAGUUCGAUGAUAUUGAGCACGAGCUCCUAGAGAUGCGAAAAUCAUUUUGCGGAGAAAUAGUCGAAGGCGAGGUCAGCAAGAACCUCAAUGCAGCCCAUUCAAUCUUGGAUAGCAAUCCUUUCUCUCAAUUUGCCGCCAAGGAGGUCGGCUCGCCCGUCACACAAACGUCGGACCAACUGCCCGGGUCAAAAACUAUGAAACCAAUUCUUGAUGGUCACUUGGAAAAUCUCCGCCUCUCACAGCGGACACUCGCUCUAUUACCUUCUGGUGCAUCGGGAAUCAUCACUUCUCCACAAGAAGUCGCCAACUCAUCGCGUCCCGCUGAGAGUACCACACCAGAAUUGUCAGCCGUUGGAACCCGACGCCAGCGCAAUCCUCUCAUUCACAACCUCCUCACCGAUAAACCUCUUCUCUCUUCAUCUCUUCCCCCAGGUCGUCGUGCCUCUGCCAAUGGUCGACCUAGCGCAAUCAGCCAUCUUACUUCCCACAGCACAUUUCUCAAGCGUGGCAUGCCCCUAACUCUUCUUCCAAACCCUCAUGUCCAGGUGUGGACUGCUGAUCAUCGGCCACGACUACAAUUGAACGAUCCAACCAUUGACCUACCUCGCCUGGUCCAUCUUAUCGAAGAUUCAUUUGACCGAAAGCUGGAUGUACAGAACUAUCUCGACCGAGUGAACGACCGUAUUGCUGGUCUGAUCGUUGCGGGCGAGUACGAAGGCGGUGCGAUUUUGACUUGGGAAGCACCACCCGGGGUGGUCGAUGACGGGAGCCCAGAAAGCGCCGCGCGUAUGGUGCCCUACUUGGACAAGUUUGCCGUUCUCAAACGCAGCCAAGGUGCAGGGGGUGUUGCCGACGUUGUGUUUAAUGCGAUGGUGCGCACCUGCUUCCCUAAUGGAGUAUGCUGGCGUAGUCGCAAAGACAACCCGGUGAAUAAGUGGUAUUUUGAACGAUCAUCCGGCUCUUGGAAGCUGUCUGAUAGCAAUUGGACCAUGUUUUGGACAACUCCUGGGUUGCCAGAGGACUCGCAACGCUUUCAAGACUACGAAGCUGUCUGUCGAGCUAUUCAGCCGAGUUGGGCAGACAACAAAAGCGUGAUUGAUUGA